AUGGUCAAGGUCAGCAACACCGUCUCGGCUUCUCGCCGCAAGAGCCGCGCCGCCCACUUCAAGGCUCCCUCCAGCCAGCGCCGUGUCAUCAUGAGCGCUCCCCUCAGCAAGGAGCUGCGCGAGAAGUACAACGUCCGCAGCAUCCCCAUCCGCAAGGACGACGAGGUCACCAUUGUCCGUGGCUCCAACAAGGGCCGUGAGGGCAAGGUCACCUCUGUCUACCGCCUCAAAUACGUCAUCCACGUUGAGCGCAUCACCCGCGACAAGGCCUCCGGCCAGAGCGUCCCCCUGGGCCUCCACCCCUCCAACGUCGUCAUCACCAAGCUCAAGCUCGACAAGGACCGCGAGGAUAUCCUGGCCCGCUCCAAGGUCGGCCGCGAGCUGCGCGCCAAGAACAAGGUCACCGCCUAA